AUGCCUACCUAUCCUCUGCAGCUCACCUGCCUGGGGGUCAUCUGCGGCACUCCCCUUCUGGCUGCUGUCUUUGUUAUUCUGAGAAUAUACACGCGCCGGAAGCUGAACCUGCGCCUGAGCUGGGAUGACUGGCUCAUUAUACUCCCGCUACUCCUGUCAAUCGCCUUGAUAGGGCCCUCCUACAAGCAUGUCAAGAUGUGGCAUGUUGGCGUGCACAUCUGGCAGGUGCCUCCUAACGAGAUUGAGCCCAACUACGACGAGUACUACGCCGUGGUAAUGGCGUUCAAUCUGCUGAACAUUCCCAUCUUGCCUCUCGUCAAGGCAUCCAUCAUCUGUCUCCUCCUGCGGGCUGGCUCCGUCAUCCAAUGGCUCAAGCGCGUCCUCUAUGCCAUCCUGAUCUUUACCGUCGGCAGCGCCUUGAUCCCAUGGUUCCUCUACAUCUUCAUCUGCCCGCCGCUCACGGGAAACACGUGGAAGCCACGCACGUUUGGCGGACUGCACUGCAUGGGCCGCCACAAGAUGGGCGAGAUGUUGAUCUGGGUCACUUGCGCCAACCUCUUCACCGACGUUUUGAUCCUCCCGAUCCCCUUUAUCAUUGUGCGCAGGAUGAUGAGUGCUCGCCUGCGAUCCCGCCUGGUCGUCCUGGCCGUCUUUACCUGCAGUCUUGCCGUCACUGGCAUCGGCGCCGCCAAAAUCUACCUGUCGUACCGUGACCGGCUGUUCACGCUCUUCAAGCCCGACUGGACGUACCCAAUUGACUACUGUAUCAACCACAUUGAGAACAACGUUGCCAUCAUCGUCGCCAACAUCCCCAUCCUCCGUGGCCUCGUCACCCGCUGGAUCUUCAACUUCCGCACAAAGGCAACGCCCAUUGAGCCCGAGACCCGCAGCGACAGCAACUGGCAACAAUGGGAUCUGUCCAGCUCCUCCAACGGCAGCCGUUACGUCCGACGCUCCCGCCGCUCCCGCAUGCUGCACAAGCUUCUGCCAUGCAUACAAGACGACUUCUCCAGCAGCCUCGCCACCCGCUCGUCAAAGAGCGACCGCAAGAAGAAAACCAAGGGUGGCGCCACCGCCACUCCGCCCAGCGAUCGCAAGCCCAGUAUCCCCGAGAAACUCGUCACAACAGGCGACACCCACCGGUACCCUAAGCGCUCGUACUUUUCUCGGUCCCGGCGCCCCAGCACCACACCCCUUCAGCAACACGACAGGUACCAGGCGUCUUCGUGCUGCGAAAAGGGCGGCGACGUGCUGGACACGGUGCGCAGCGUGGGCAGCCUCGAGUCUGGCCCUACACUGGUCGAAAGCAACAAGGACCGAACGAGCACCACGUACCGACGCGGCAGCGAUAUCCGCGGCAGCUUUGGAGCGCCUCAGUCGACAUGGAAGAGCAUGGAGCUGGACAGUCCGCCGUUGAGCCCCAGCGCAAGACGCUUCUCAACAGCCACAUUGCACAGUCCCAUUGCACCCUUGUCGCCGGCGCGACUGCGCGGCAUCGGAGACGAAGAUGAAGAGGCAGCCAUUGGUGGCACAUACAGUUUUGGUGGUUCCUUUGGCGGUUGGGCGGGUUCCCACAACGGUGGUGGUGCUGGCAUCGGGUAUGCGCUUGGAGGUGCGGAGCGGGAAUGGCAUCUGCAAGAACUCCAAUCACAACCACCACAACAUCGACGACGAUAUGACGACGACGACGAAGAGGAAGAGGUGGAACGAGACUUUGAGAAGGAUGAGAUAUUUCCGUUUCCACGGUCAUGAUGAUGAUGGAUAACUUUUCUCGCUCUCUCUCUCUCUCUCUCUCGCUCUUUUGGACAGGUCCAUUUUUCAAACUUUUCUUUUGUCAUUCAGUUUGGUGGGGGGUAGGUGGCCUUGGUGGGAGGGUGUUCAAAGGCCCUUUUUCUUGGGGGGAGCGGACAGGUUUUUGUCUUGUGCGAUGAUACCAUUUGCAUAUGUCUUUGUUAUCUCUCUCUCUCUCUCUCUUUUCGAUUCUCUGUUUGAUUUUUUUUUCAUCUUUUAUGUAUAUACUCUAGUUUUUUUUUACAUAGCCAUACCCCCCUAACCUU